AUGACGAACAACUCUCAGACUCUAGUCGACAUAUUCAAUGAGAUACUCGCUGCGUCUGGGAACUCAUCGGACAUAACUAUCAAUCAGACAAAAAUAUUAUCUGCACUAAAGGAACAAGCGUCUAAAGAUAGUAUAAAAGAAAAUAUUGGCUCUGUGUUGGCCAAAGUCGUGAAUGAUGCUAAAUUUAAUCUGCCGAAGAAGCCGGAGUCCUGUGGAUACUGUGAUGGUGACUUCAGAGAUGUUUUGGAAGCUUACAAUGGCAUUCAUGGAUACGUCAGCUUAAUAGUGAGUAAUAUUUAA